UUAAUUUUCAGUCUGUGUUCGCCUCUCGGCGCGUUCGGUAGCAUAUACGGACGGCGGAAGAAUUUUGUUUUCAUUUUUUGUAUACGUUUUUUCGGUUCGAUAUUGUUUUGAUUUCGGGUAUAGUUGUUUCCUGUGCUGCUCUCGGUUCUUUUUAACUCAGCUUUCCAUCGGAAUCGAUUGCGACUUUCGUUUUUUUUUUUUUUUUUUUUUUCAGUUUUCUGUUGCGAAUGCAGCCGAAAGGAAUAUGCCCUUAGCACCUGGUGCAGUUUUUACGCCUGGUUUAAUCCUACUUCCGGAAUGCCCAUCUAGCCAGGUGAUUAGGCAGUCAUGCCAGUGCAACCAGUCCGUCCCGUGAGCACCUACGACAAUUUGGGCGGCUCCCAGUCGAGGAACCAGGAAUCAUCCAUAAUGUACGACGCGGAACUGGAAACGGAAUUAGAACUCAAUGGGACCGGCACCAGUCAUAGUAUAGCCGCUGUGAAAGCAGCUCUAAACGAUGCCAAGUCGAAAUUCUUUGGGAUCAACAACUAUGAGUCACCGGUGAUCAAUAAGAACGCUCAGGUGACGAUUGCCAAGCCGGAGCCCAAGUACCAGAAUGUACCGCAACGUGAUGAACUACCGGUAGUUGCUCCAAUUCCAGUUCCAGAUCCUGUCACAUCACAUCCUCCUCCUGCAGCUGCUUCUGUGGAUCCAAGUAGAGCACUUCGUUAUGCCACCACCUACGAACAGAUUCCCCUCAGCGACAUGGAAACUCCACAGGCGUCGCAGGCCGUCUACAUGAGCACCACGGUUCCGCAGAACAUGAAAGGCAUGAAGAUCGCCGGACGACAUACGCCAACCCGAAAUAGUUUGCGGCACAGCCGGAUGAUUGUUGUCAAUCAUAAAAACCACGACAGUCUCCAAGCAACCAGAAACCUGAAUAUUUCCCGGCAACUCCUAAUUAUGCAAUUAGCUGUUGGCCUAAUGAUAGUUGGUCUAGCCGCUUGGAUACUUAUUCUAGCGCCAAAUGCAUCGAUACUAAUCAAUCCCUACUUAAGUGGACUGUCGUUGCUGUUGGCUAGUAUUGCUGGUCUGAUACUGCUGCGAAAGGAUCACAAGAUCACGGAUCACAGACCACCAAACAGUUGCUAUAAGGUAUUGCUGGCCGAGUCCUAUGUAUUCACCGGCCUGGCAUUGAUCUUCUGCUGUUUGGCCCUGGUCUGUGCGGCAAUUGAAUUCGCAGAGCUCAUCUCAGCCACAGAUGGAGACUGCGAACCGACAUCCAGUACGCUUUUGAGCUAUCACAAUUGCACCUGCUUUUCGACAGGCGAGGCAGUGACCUCCACCGAGGUACCAACUGCAUUGACUGCUGUCCAGGAGCCAACGCAAAGCGACAGAUGUGAAAAGCUGCGAAUCGAAUGGAAGUAUCUGUUGGCCUUUUCGAUGGCACUCAACACUCUGGGCAUUGUUGCAACAUUCUUAUAUAUAACGCUAUUUAUUUGUUGCCACCGCAACAGGGAACAUUUUUACACGUCUGUUUAAGGGAGUUUUUACACACACACUUAGGCUUUUACUUAAAUUAUACACAUGACUUAAAUUAUGCUUAGUAACUGAUACAAAUUAAAAAUAAAUUAUUUAUUAAUAUUAAUACCAUCUGAAUGUGCAUUUAACAUUGUUAUGUUAUGCAUUUAAAACUAAAUAGUGGUAUUUUUAAUAUAAUUUAAAGAAUUUUAGUUAUUAUCUAAAUUUAGAGCAGAAUAUUAAACUUUAUACUAAUUUCCUUCAAAAUAAUAAGAUAUAUCCUAUAUCUUUGAGCAGUAAACAUUGAAUUAACUAAAAUUUCAAAAAAA